AUGAAUUUAUUUAAAUAUAUGCAUACACCAAAAUCAUACUUUAGUAUAUACAAUGAAUAUUUAAAUUCUUACAAAAAAAAAAUAAACAAAAUACCCUUUUAUAUAAGGAGAACAGCGUCAGAUAAUUUGCCUGUUUUUUUAAAAUACAAAAAUAAUAAAAAUCUGGUUAUAACUGUUAUAAGAAAAAUUAAGGGAAACAAAGAAAUUCUUAAAAGAGAAAUUAAAAGUAUAUGCAAUAGUGACGUCAUUGAAAAACCGGAUUCGUUUUUAAUUCGAGGAAACCACAAAAAGAAAAUAAAGGAUUAUUUUAAAUAUAUUGGUUAUUAA